AUGCUGUCACCCAGUACUCGUAAAAUCAUAUCGGCCACGGUGCCUGUGUUAGAACAGCACGGCACAACUAUCACUUCCGUGUUUUACAAGAACAUGCUGAGUGAACAUGAAGAAUUGAAAAAUAUUUUUAACAGAACCAACCAAGUACAAGGUGGUCAACCAACAGCACUUGCAACCACUGUUCUGGCGGCAGCCAAGAACAUUGACCAGCUUGAAGCUCUUCUUCCUCACGUUAAGCAAAUUGGACAUAAGCAUCGUGCUUUGCAAAUCAAGCCUGAGCACUAUCCGAUUGUUGGUAAGCACUUGCUUGGCGCCAUCAAGCAGGUACUAGGCGACGCGGCUACUCCAGAAGUCCUGAAUGCCUGGGGCGAGGCCUAUGGUGCCAUUGCUGACAUUUUUAUCGGCGUGGAAAAGCAACUUUACAGUGCUGAGGGGUGGAAUGGGUGGAAACAAUUCGAGGUCGUGGCUCGCGAGCCACAGACUAGCAGCAUCACCAAGAUGACUGUAAAGCCAACUCAAGAGUCUGGACUCCAGGUCGAAACCCUGUCUUUCACUCCAGGGCAAUACAUCACCAUUAAAACGCACCCUACCAACCACAAUAACAAAUACGAUGCCCUUCGUCACUAUUCCAUCUGCUCCUCCUCGUCUAGGUAUGGCCUCAAGUUUGCCUUCAAGAAGGAGGUAACCGGCGGCCACGAGGGCCUUGUUUCCACCUACUUGCACGACAGCAUUAAAGUGGGUGACGUUAUCUCACUGAGUGCUCCCGCAGGUGAUUUCGCUCUUGACAAAACCCUCAUUAAGCAAGACACUGUUCCACUAGUCCUCUUGAGUUCUGGUGUCGGUGCCACUCCAAUUCUCUCUAUGCUUGAACAGCAGAUUGAAUCCAACGCGCAAAGACCGAUUGCCUGGAUUCAGUCUUCCUUCAACGAGGCCAACCGUCCCUUCGCGUCUCAAGUGGAGAAACUUCUGGCCAAGUGCGCCAACGCUACUGCCUACAUCACAAAUACUGAAUCCAUGCCUCGCAUAUCCUCCCAAUACCUUUCUGACAAGAUUACGAAAGGUUCCGACAUCUACAUCUGUGGUUCAGUGCAAUUUAUGCAAGAUAUGCUCCAGUCCGUCCGUCAGCUCGGGAUUGAAGAGCAGUCCAUUCACUACGAACCAUUUGGUCCAAAAAUGGCUACCGUGUCUGUUUAA